AGGCCAGCAACAAUGUGACAGACAGCACAAAUCUGCGCUUCACCCGCAGCUGUGGACGAACCUACGCGCGGUUCCGUUUCACUGUGGUGCGACGUCUGGAGCACAAUGUCUCGUCGGGAGUCGGAACCGCAUCCUACACUGGCAUCCAGCGAGGAGCCCGUCCGCUUUUAGGGUGUCUGCUCGAUCCUGCUGGUCUCAUGGCCGUGACGAACUAGAACUGCCCAACAAGGGCCUCCAACUGACCUCUGGGCUCAGUCCCCAUUGUGGGGCUUAAAAGUUGGUGGGCUCGCAUGUGAGUGAUGAAGUCCAGUAUGAGGCAGUGGCGGAGGCUGGUGGUGGUGGGAAUGUUGGCAUGGGUUCUCCUCUUCCUGGGCCUUUUCUCCUAUUUCCUGGAUGCUCGUGUGGACAAGCCUGUGACCUCUGCCAGGUCUCUGUUGUCACAGCAUCCAGACACCCGUCGUCUGGCUUCAAUACAGGCUUCCCUCCACCAGCAGGCCUUCAUCGGGUCCAGACCUGAACCGGCUCUUACCGUGUCGUAUGCCAGAGACGAUUCAGAGACACCCAGCAGCUCGGUCACCACACCGGAGUCCAGUCUGGAGGCGAGCCGCAGCCCAAACAGUGCACCGUUCGCUGUUUAUGGCAGCCAGGAGGGUAGCCGCCAAGAUUACCUGGACCCACAGAGUCUGGCAGCUUGGUCCUCUUUUGGCACCGAGAAUGUGGACUCUCACUCUGACCCAGUGAUCCAGAGUCGGGAGAGAACAUCCCUGACUACGGAAUAUCAGAACCAGGCCACUAGAUGGCGCCAUGGUGUGGGUGACCAAGAAGAAGGUGAAGAAGAUGAGCAAGAAGAUGAGGAUCUUGGAAACAGAAUCCAGACCACAACUGGCAGGAGAUCUGGCAGAGACUCUUCGGAUCUGGAGGAAUAUUACUUUUCCAAGUCGGCGUCUAUAGUCAAGCGUCUGUGGAAGGGUCAGGCGUCAGCCGACAUGCUCAGCCUUCGUCUGCAACGGACUAUGAAGGACUACGUCAAUUCCAACAAACACCAGGUCUUUUAUCAGGGCCGACGCAGACCGGCACGGACCACCAAGGAACUGCUAUGUCAGAUGAAGUCUCAGGCCCGACUCAAGACUGUGGAUGGGUCGGAGCAGCCGUUCUCCUCUCUGGGCUGGGCCCAUCUGGUGCCAGAAGUUCCUCUGGAGAAACUUCACCAAGCGAAGGAUGGAAGCAGCUUGAAGACCUGCGCUGUGGUCAUGUCAGCCGGUGCAAUACUGCGCUCAGGACUGGGCAGAGAGAUUGACUCUCAUGAUGCUGUUCUGAGGUUCAACUCCGCCCCCACCGAGGGAUUCGAGCGAGAUGUUGGCAGCAAGACCACCAUUCGCGUCAUCAACUCUCAGAUUUUGGCAAACCCCCAACACCAGUUCACCACCAGCGCCAUCUACAGGAAUGUGACUCUCCUGGCCUGGGACCCGGCGCCAUACGCUGUUGACCUUCACAAGUGGUUUGCCAAUCCAGACUACAACCUAUUUGGUCCGUACACCAAGCGCCGGCGGCUUCAUCGGGACCAGCUCUUCUACAUCCUCCACCCCAGAUCCCUGUGGCAGCUGUGGGAUGUGAUCCAGGGAAACACUCAGGAAAACAUCCAGCCCAACCCGCCAUCAUCAGGCUUCAUAGGGAUCCUCCUGAUGAUGGCGCUGUGUGAGCAGGUGCACGUGUACGAGUACAUUCCCUCCAUGAGGCAGACGGACCUGUGCCAUUACCAUGAGCGUUACUAUGACGCCGCCUGCACACUGGGCGCCUAUCACCCCCUCCUCUUUGAGAAGAGCCUGAUUCGGCGGAUCAACAGCGGCCCAGAGAGCGACCUCUGGAGGAAAGGCCGGGUCACGCUUCCGGGCUUCAGCACUAUCGACUGUGAGAUAUGAAACCUCUGACAAGGUCCGAUUCUGAGAGUGCAGUGCAAUAACCGCCGAAGAGACGAGGAGGCUGCAGCUAACAGGUUCAGAUAUUAGAGCUCUGAGGAAGAUGAGCCGCAGCCCUGCAGGGCGGGAUCAACCCAUAGAGCUAGUUUUCAUCACGUCGGCUCAGGAGGUCGAGUCUCUGUGUGGACGGUGGACUCUUCUCCCUGCUUUAGCUGAGCCACGUUAGCUGUGGAGCUGACUAGCGUAGCAACAAAUCGGUGUUUUUCUAGGUGGAAGGUUUUCAACGUGUGUCUUGAGGAGAGCCGCCGUUUGGCCUGGCGGCUUUUUGUUAUGUUUUUUUUUUUUACACCAGGGUUUACAUGCAGGAGCAGCGCCGUGUUCCUGACAGAGGGUCUGACUCAAAUAGAGGUCACACGGUUUUAUAUACGAUGAAAUUACUCCGUCUGCAGCGUUGACUGGGAGUUAGCAGGAACAAUGGUGGCGACUGCAAGGAGGCGAACUGAUUGUUUCAUAAAAAAACGUGGAUAACAAAUGCGGUUUACGGCACGUCAUGCUACUGUUGAAAGCUAAUUUUGUCAAACUUUUUAUAUCAUGAUUAAAGUUUACAUCUUUUACUUUUGAAAGUACUUUCCUAUUUACGAGGACAUUUAAGCUAAUAAAAGAGGUGUUUAAGUCUUAGCGCUGCAUGACAAUAACUUCUACAUUGAAAGUCAAACCCGAAAAUGUGUCGUCACUGUGUGGACCCACUUCCCUGAUGGUCAUUGUUUUUGACCGUUUUGCGUCAAGAAAUCCUCAGCCGCGGCUCACUCCGCUAGCUAGCGAGCGUUAGCAUCCGCAGCAGCGUUUGACACCAGGUUAUGGCUCGGCCUGACACAGUGACGGAUUGAAAACUUAAAUUGCCUUCAUAAGGUAAAGAGAAGCUGGAAGUUAGUGUGGCAGGUUGCUACGGUGACGGACAGCUGACGUACGUUUUCUCUGCAGCUCAAGCUCGGCUGCUGCUUCCUCUGAUGUGUUUGGGAAAAUGGGAAAGUUACUUUCCUCUUGUACUUUCUGGACUGAAUGAUAAAUAAUUUGCGUGUGCAUGUGGACCAGUCGGCUGCCACUGCCUUUCUAAUUUGUUUUGCUUCCCACCCAAGUUAAAAGCCCGGGGUUUUUGACUGUGCGUUGGGAGAUAUUUUAAAGAAAGAUGGACGGGUGCAGACGCCAGGUGUGGAGCCAAACCUUGUCUAACGAAGGGAAAGUCACUUCAAACACAUGCGGAAGCAAGUUAGACAGCGGAAUAAUUUGGAAAUAAAGAUGUGUCACCACAGCGUGCUGACCAGACUGGUGCGUUCAGGGACCUCACACACUGGAGAAUCAACCAUUACACACUCUUUUGCAUGAUUAAUUCCACAAGCUUCCGUAUGAAAGAUGAGUUUUGUAGAGUUUUUAAUGGGAUUUCAAAUUAAUAUUGACAUGAUAUCAACAUGAUUCAUUUUUUAAUCUGCCCGGGAAAAUGUGUUAAAAUAUUUGUCCUUCAGUGGUUUAAACAGGAUCUUUUGAGUAUUGUUUACAAAUUCCUGCAUUGAAAUUUUACAUAUUUAAGGUUUAAGUUUAGCGACAAGCAGUUGACCGUUUGACUGCUAACGUCUCGGAAGCUUUAGCAUAUCGACACUGCGAUCAGUGAAGUCACUCAGGAGAUGCCAGGGAGGAAGUGCGUUGUAACCGUCUCGGUCAUUGUGAUCGACGAAUCAGAGUGUUUGAUGUCACGUGCUAAAAGUUAGGAUGGAUUUGUUUUUUUGUUUUGUAAACCACUGAAUGAUAGAUCUUUUUGGGUGACAGAAGUUUCUUUAUUCACCUGCCUGAGCCAUUGCAGCUACAAGGGCCGACGCUCCAGUCGAAGACGUUCUGUUGAUCUUUGUUUUCUUGCGACAUAUUAACAUAGCUCUCCGUAGAGGCGAGCUGAGGCAGUGUGUUCAUAUGUUGCACCUGAUCGAAGCUGUGGAGGAGGUGGGGUGUGUUUUUCCCAAGACGUGAGUGUUCACUUGAAAGAAGUUGUUUUAUUCAGGCGGCGUACUGACCGUAGAUCUUAGUCAGUCACGUGACUGUUUUGGCUCCACAGUUUCGCCCCUCAGCUCAGACAUUUUAAUUGAAUGUAAUGUCACUGGUCAAUCCAGUCGCAGAGCUAAUAUUCCCAUCAUCCCCUUCUCACGGACGAAGACCAAAGUGUCUCAUGUUCCUGAAUCCUCGAAUAUUGUGCGGAGCUCAGCGCGGAGAUCAUGGAAGAGGAAUGUGAACCUGUAAUAUCUUCAGACUUGUCUCUGGAUCUAGGUCCUUCCGUAGCCUUAGAUAGAAGCUGCGGACAGAAAUGAACCGUGCCAUUAUUGGUGUGAAAAAAUGUGAAAAAGUGUUGUGAUUGUCCGUAGAGCAAUCCUGGACGAUGUGGUCAAUGUGAGCUCACGUAGAGCCAAAUUAGCUUUGGACUUAUUUUAUAUUAAAAAGUAGCAGUUUGUCAGUCAUUUUUAAGGCGUCUAACUUCUUCUGUUGCAACACCGGGCAAAAAAGUGAGUGUAGAUAAGUGGUCAUCAUGUGUGUAUGAAACGGUAACGGUUGCAACUUUACAUAUUUAUUUCACAUUACAUUUUACAUUUCUGUGCUUAAACUUGAAUUAUGUUGUCAUCUCAUUUGCACUACUUCACAUAUAUUUCACGAGGAACUGAGAUGUAAGCAGGAGGUUGUUUUAAUUCACUGUUCAUUUCAUUGAUGAUUCUAAGUCAUGUAGAAAUAAAAGUAAAAAAGUAUCAUGGAAAUGUAAGUAAAAAUCCCACACUUUCUUUAGCUAAAUUGAAUAUAAUAUUCAGUGAGUUUUUUGCCUUAAACAGCCCACUUUCUCUGUUUGUUUUGGGCUGUUGAAGUGGGAUCCUGCUGACCCGCCUGCCCUGCUGUACGCCACCGCACCUCUCCAUGAAAGUACAGAGAUAUUUCAUAGCUCGUGAUUGUAACUCUCUGAAGGUACUUCUUCUCUGUAUUCGCCACAUCAGGGCUCUUCAACCAUCUGUGCUCACGUGGCUGGUUUGUUGGUCGACUGAAGGUUGCAGUGCAUGCUAGUGGGCGCCAGGCUGGUAGUUUCAGUGACUUCUUAUCUGUAUCUUGUGCCAACUUAUUGUGGAACAUGUGAGUAUUUAUUGAAAUGGGAAGAGAGGAUUUGGUUGUAACCAUCAGGUGACCCUCAUUUUUGCACCACACUGCCUCUGCUGGUGGAUUUCAGUCGCUUCAUUUAAGUUGUUUUACCAUGACUAAAAGCUGAUCUUUGGUCCCCCCCCACUGGAGAAACUUUCAAUAACUUACAGAUCCUAGGUGCUAACUGUUGACAGGUGUUUGGUGCUUGUGAGUCACCUUUCUUUAUUCUGACAUUAAAAGUCACACCAGAUUGGAGUUAUGCUCCCCAAAAUCGGGUUGAUUCGAAUUCAAACUGGUGAAUCUGCAUCCAGCGUGUCCACCAGUUCCCUCCCAGCAGCCUUAGGGACUUUGUUCUGUCUCUUAUAACACUUGAAUUGAUGUUUGAAAGGAACAUUUGUAUGAUUUCUGCUGUUGCUCUUGGUCUUUUCUAUGAUAUAAAGUUGUUGUA